AACCAAACAACCCGGCAAGCAUGGAACCGAUAUGACUUGUAUUUGGUGGAAUGGCGCCCCCCACCGGCACAUGUCCCCCCCCCCUGCUCACCCGUCGCCCCCUCAGUGUGUGUGGGUCACUGCUGCUGAGCUCCAGGACUCUUACAGGUGACGCGAUGCCUCAGAUUGAUAUGAACGUCAAGAGUAGAAGAGGAGGAACGCGUCACAACACCUGUAAAGCAAACGGUCUGGUCAAUGGUCAUGUCCCAGGCACAGGUAUUGUUAAUGGAACCGCCUCUCAUAAUCGCUGCCCAGCUUCUGCUGCUAAGAACAGUGAGAGCACACCAGCUGGCAUCCUGAAUGGUACCAAACCACAACACAUGGUUAAUGGUUAUGUGAACCACUGGCACAGAGGCAAGUGUACUAAAGCAGUGCCCCCGAGGAUGCUCAGGAAACGAGGAGAUGCUAUUUCUGCUGUGACUGAUGCCUCCGCCGGGGUCAGCAGCAGAGACAUUUCUAAUGGUGUGUCAGUCAAUGGGGCCGCCAGUCUAGACAUCGUAGCUUUGCUUGGUAAUUGUGAGCAAACAGCACCAGGGCCCAGCCUGUCGGCCUCAGCAGCAGCAGUGAAGGACCAGAGGAGAAGGAAGAAGUUCAGACGUAAGAAGAGAGACACUGAAGUCGCCUCUGUGCCGCCACAAGAGGAGGAAGACUGGGAGAGCGAGAUCCGAGACGUCACAGUCACUGGCUGGGAAGAGAUGUGCUUUGGGUGCUGCCCCUAUGGUCCAGAGGAUGUGCUUCAUUUUGCUUUGCGGGAUCUGACACUAAAGCAAAGAGACCAAGUGGUCCUGCCGGCCAACUACAGCCCGGCCAAACGCCACCUACGUCCUGUCGAGAUGUCCUACUACUACACUCUCCCUGAGCCAGGCCAGUUUGAAGACGCUGACGAGUAAGCCAGACAUUUUCUGUCAAGUUAGAGGAGUGCGUAAGUGCUCACUUGAAAAAUUAACUGUUGGCCUUUUUAGUUAGCUCUUAAUGGCACCGUGCAGAUUUUCUGGUCGUAGCGCCCAUCCCAAGAAUAUUAGUUCAGUCGUUAUCUUUCUUGUUUCCUCUAAUCUUAAACGUUUGUGGAAGAAAUUCUAUUUAAAACUUUAGGUUAGCAUCUAUGCAAAAUCCAAUUGUUAAAUGCUAUUGGAGGAUGGAGUCUGGGUUGAAAUCAAGUUGUUUUUUAUCAUUGGUUCUAUUUUAUAUUCAGAUUUUAUAUUUCUUUUAAAUCGCUAGAUAAAUAUCUGUUAGGCUUCUGUGAUCUUAAGGAAUGAUUUUAGUUAAUGUCACACUUCGGUGACUGUUGUCAGGAAUGCAUUUGCUGUUGAAUUUCAUGGCUCCAUCAUUUUGCUCGUCUUUUAAAGAACUAAAAUACUAGUUUCUAUCUUUUAAGUUUUUGUGUUUGAACGCACCUGAAUCGGAAACCCUGUUUUCGCCAUUAGUUAAGCGGUUAUGCAUUCAAUUGUAUUGUUUAUUUAUUGCACAUGUUCACAACAAAUGCACGAAGAAGAAGAAUCUUAAUUUGGGACAGCCGACCUUACCAAGAAAUUAUGGAUUGAUUGUGUAACAGCAAAAAAUCAUUACCUGUCUGUUCAGAUCUUCAUUUUCAUAACAACAAUAAAUCAAUUUUGAUUUCUAA